AUGGAAGCCCCAUCUGAGCCUCAUCAUCAUCAUCACCAUCACCAAAUUUCGGAGUCUUCUUCUUCUUCAGUUGCUGCUAUUGCCUCCUCUGUUCCAACUAGUUUCUUCCACUCCCCACCUCACUUCAACUAUGGAAUAUACUAUGGAGUUGAAGGAGAUACCAGUGCUGGCUUGUACUCUCCUUUGUCCAUGAUGCCACUCAAGUCUGAUGGCUCUCUCUGUAUAAUGGAAGCUCUCAACAGGUCACAGCAGCCUCAAGGAAUGGUAACAACAACAACUACUUCAACUCCAAAACUAGAGGACUUCUUUGGUGGUGCAGCCAUGGGGACCCAUUAUGAAAACAAUGACAGAGAAGCUAUGGCUCUCAGCUUAGACAGCAUGUUUUACCAACAAAACAACCAUCAUGAGCCCAACAACCAAAACUUGAUCAACCAUCUUCAGCAGCAGCAGCAACAGCAACAGCAACAGCAGCAGAACCCCAGGCACCAAGAACAAUCAGUGCAUCAGGUUCAGGUUCAGGCCCAACAACAACAAUAUUCAUACUACCCUGGCCUCAGAGGCCAUGAGAUGAUGUUGGAGGAGGGGCACAAGGAAACCCAUCUUGCAGCAGAUAAUUACAAUCUCCAGCAGCCAAGAAUGGGGCUUGAUCAGAGCAUUUCUGAGAUGAAGUGCUGGAUUUCAAGAAAUUAUGCAGCUAACCAUGCAAUGGAGCAUAAUAUGAUUGGCUGCAUGGGUGAUAAUGGGGCUGAAUCUGGGUCUAUUGGGGCAAUGCCAUAUGGGGAUUUACAGUCUUUGAGCUUGUCCAUGAGCCCUGGCUCCCAAUCAAGCUGUGUUACUGGUUCACAGCAAAUCUCACCUACUGUGGCUGAUAGUGUGACCAUGGAUACCAAGAAAAGAGGGCCUGAAAAGGUGGAUCAAAAGCAAAUUGUUCAUAGGAAGUCCUUGGAUACAUUUGGCCAGAGAACCUCUCAGUACAGAGGAGUCACAAGGCAUAGAUGGACUGGUCGAUAUGAAGCUCAUCUAUGGGACAACAGUUGCAAGAAAGAAGGUCAGAGCAGGAAGGGAAGGCAAGUUGGAAAACUAUCAAAAGAACUGGAGGACAUGAAGAACAUGACCAGACAAGAAUAUGUUGCCCACUUAAGAAGGAAAAGCAGUGGAUUCUCAAGAGGGGCUUCAAUGUACAGAGGAGUGACAAGCAGACAUCAUCAACAUGGAAGAUGGCAAGCACGGAUUGGAAGGGUUGCUGGAAAUAAAGAUCUUUAUCUUGGGACAUUCAGCACCCAAGAGGAAGCUGCUGAGGCUUAUGACAUAGCAGCCAUAAAAUUCCGAGGACUGAAUGCUGUUACCAACUUUGACAUAACAAGAUAUGAUGUGGAUCGAAUUAUGGCAAGCAAUACCCUUCUUGCUGGAGAACUGGCUAAGCGAAACAAGGAGACCAUACCGGUUAAUGAGGCUGCUACUAAUCAAAACCAUGUUGCCCAAACCAGCAAUGGCGAAGCCAUUGUCUCACUGAAGAACAUUAAUGAAGGUGAAGAUUGGAAAAUGGCACUUUACCAGUCAUCCCAGCAGCUUGAUCAGAAGCAACCAAGCACUGAACCUCACAAUGCGAUUCAAGCCGAGGCGGAGGACUCUGCCAAAAUGGGGGCUGCUCACGUGUCCAAUGCCUCUUCCUUGGUGACAAGCUUAAGCAGCUCAAGAGAGGGCAGCCCUGAUAAGUCUUGCCUGCCAAGUUUCUUUGGAAUGCCUCCAGCUGCUUCCAAGUUCUUCACAAGUUCAAGUGACACAGUGAGUUCUUGGAUCCCAACAGUCCAAUCCAGGCCAGGACUCAUGCCUCACAUGCCAAUUUUUGCUGCCUGGACAGAUGCAUAG